GCCUAUUGGCUGGUGAGUGGAGCUGUGCGGAUCACGUGACAGCAGGCUUGCUGCGGCGCCGGUAGUGACGUCAGAUCAAAGCUGUGCGUCUGUGACAGAAGGCACCGGGAGGGCACGCUCGAUCCGAGGAGACACCGGGCAGUCCGAGCUCGGACACGGCUGUCCUCAGCGACCGAUCAGCGGCGGCCCCGGACGGAGCGACCCAGCGGCCGGCGGAGCAUCCAGCGCUGUGUGAACUGCUCCAUCAGCUCCCCGGGGAGGGGAACCCGUCAUGGGUGGCAGCAGCUCGAGGGCCCGAGGUUUGUGGCCCUUCUCCUCCCCAGGACCCGAGACCUCACCCAACACCGAGCAGAGCCUGGCACGGAUCCGCAAGGCCACCCCUUUCAUCUUUACCCGGCGCGGCUCCAUGUAUUUUGAUGAGGAUGGUGAUCUGGCCCAUGAGUUCUAUGAAGAAACAAUUGUGACGAAGAAUGGCCGUAAACGUGCAAAGCUGAAACGUAUUCAGAAGAACCUAAGACCCCAGGGCACAAUUAAAUUAGACCAUCCGUGCAUCCAUGUGGACUUUCCUGUUGUACUAUGUGAAGUCUGAUGCAGGUUACCACCCCUGCCUGCCGCGCUGUGCCCUGCUCCACAAACCUCUAUGACCCUCGCCGUACUCCUGACAAGGGGACAGGAGCCUAUAUUAAUAUGCGGGGAUCCACCAACAGUUCUCAACUAGAGAUCUAAGUGCUGCUUGUGCAGAGACACUGCCCCCGUGUGUGGUCGAGAGACAUGACCGUCCUAUGCUGCUACAACAAGCUGAAUGGUUGUCCACCUCACCGGGACCUUGCUAGGAUGUGGUCAUGUGAUAUUUUAUUGAAAUUCCCGGAGACAGUGUGAGUCGGUUAAUGGCUGGCUCCCCAAAGUUGAAUCCUCCCUCACUGUAGCCCAUACCAGAAGUGAGAGAAAGAAGCUCGUCAGUUCCAGGAUGCCAUGCUGUUGUUAGUCUAGACUCCUUUGCCCUGGACAGUUAACACUGACCCACUUGGCUUCAUGUUGCAGUCCACAAUAGAAAAUCAUAGAUGAUUGGUGCCUAUGUACUUCUAGCAUUGGAUAAGCCAACAUGCAGUUGAUUUCCCCCCCACACCCUUAUUUUAAUAAAUUAAGCAUGGCAUGGUCUAUUGCUGUGUUAGGUUUAGCACCCCCAGUGCAUAUACCGAUGUUAGAACCCUGCACCCGUCUGCUUGUAUUAUGCUCUAACACAUGCUGGUGAAAUGUGAAAUUAUGGUAGGAUUUUUAUUAACCCUUAAAUAGCCAGGGCACUCUGCACUACGAAGGACAAUCACCAAUGUAUCUCUGUGUCUAUGUGACGUAGUGAGUUUCUGGUAGCAGGUGCGAAGUCACGUCACUGCUCUAACAACUGCAGUACAAUCAAGUGUGUACGUUUACCCUGUGCCAGGGCUCUUCCCAUCAAUGUUUAUUUAUUACAUGUAUGUUUUACUUUUGUGUUCCAUGUACGUGAGCUGAGAAACGCACCGUGCUGCUGUACCAAUCCUGGUACUGUUACCCCAUUCAUUCUAUGCCGAUGGGGCAGUGGCAGACUGGCAGCAUGGAAUGAAUGGCCCUCAAUAAAACUUAUGUUUCUAAA